GCAGGCCAAUCCGAAUCCGCUGCAUUUCACAGGGCGCGGAAGGUGUUUGACGAAAUGCCCGAGAAGGACGCGGUGUCCUGGAACACACUGCUGCUGUGGUGCGCGGAGAACGGGAGGCACCAAGAGGCCCUGGGGUUGGUCAGGGAGAUGUGGGGAGAUGGGUGUAAGCCGGACUCGUUUACCUUGUCGAGCGUGCUGCCCAUCUUUGCCGAGCGCGCCGAUGUCAGGAGGGGGAUGGAAGUGCAUGGCUUUGCGACCAGGAACGGGUUUGCCGAUGAUGUGUUCGUCGGGAGCGGCUUGAUCAAUAUGUACGCGAAUUGCACUCGGACGGAUUACUCAGUCAGGGUGUUUGACAAUCUCCCGGGCCGAGAUGCCAUCCUGUGGAACUCGAUGCUUGCAGGGUGUGCACAGAAUGGGUCGGCCGAGGAGGCUCUUGAAAUAUUCCGUCGUAUGCUGCAUUCUGGGAUCAGACCUAUGCCAGUGAGUUUCUCCAGCCUCAUACCUGUCUGUGGCAACCUGGCCUCGUUGCAUCUCGGGAAGCAGCUGCAUGCGUAUGUGCUAUUUGGUGGGUUAGAUGGUAAUGUGUUCAUAACCAGCUCCUUGAUUGACAUGUACUGCAAAUGUGGAGACGUUAGCACUGCUCGUCACAUCUUUGACCGGAUUCAGUCACCUGACAUUGUAUCAUGGACCGUGAUGAUCAUGGGGCAUGCAUUACAUGGUCCAGCAAGAGAAGCUCUGGUGUUGUUUGACAGGAUGGAGUUGGGAAAUGUCAAGCCUAACGAUAUCACCUUCUUAGCAGUCUUGACUGCAUGCAGUCAUGCUGGAUUGGUGGACAAGGGUUGGAAGUAUUUCAACAAUAUGUCAGACCAUUAUGGCAUUGUUCCUUCCCUUGAGCAUCACGCAACACUUGCAGACAUCCUUGGCCGUGCGGGGAAGUUAGAAGAAGCAUAUAAUUUCAUCUCUGAGAUGCCAAUAAAACCAACUGCAAGUGUAUGGUCUACCUUGUUAAGGGCAUGCAAGGUCCAUAAAAAUACUGUGUUAGCCGAGGAAGUUGCCAAAAGAAUCUUCGAGCUUGAACCUAGGAGCAUGGGAUCUCAUGUAACUUUGUCAAAUGCGUAUUCAUCUUCCGGGAGAUGGAAUGAAGCAGCCCACCUGCGAAAAUCUAUGAGAAAGAAGGGCAUGAAGAAGGAACCAGCUUGCAGUUGGAUUGAAGUGAAGAACAAAAGGCAUGUGUUUGUAGCUCAUGAUAAGUCCCAUCCUUGGUAUGAAAGGAUUAUUGGUGCACUAAAUGUUUUCUCAGAGCAGAUGGCACGUCAAGGGUAUGUUCCCAAUACAGAGGAUGUUUUCCAGGAUAUUGAAGAAGAGCAGAAGAGCCAUGUGUUAUGUGGCCACAGCGAGAAACUUGCAAUGGUAUUUGGUAUUAUAAGUACACCACCUGGAACAACAAUUCGUGUGAUGAAGAAUCUCCGAGUUUGUGUUGACUGCCACACGGUAACAAAAUUUAUUUCGAAGAUAGUUGGGAGGGAGAUUGUUAUGCGUGACGCAAACCGUUUCCACCAUUUUAAGGACGGGAAUUGCUCAUGCGGGGAUUUUUGGUGAUUGAGCUAAAGGUUUGGGUCACCCAGGAGCCAGACCAGUAGAGAACCUUCAGUUGUUCACUUGUCGGCCAAACUUGCGGUAUAAAUACAGCCUCCCC